UGUCUUGUUCGGUGAAAAUUGCUGAAAAAUUGCCAAUUUCUAGCUUAUUUUGUAGUGAAAACUUCAAUAUCAGUGCACCAAAAUGUCGUCUUGAGCUGUGUAAUGUUUAAAAGUGGUGGCACACCAGAAAAAGGGUGCUAAAUUGGAUCAAUAGUGUUGUGUUACGUUGCUUCUGCUUCCUCUCCUUGUUUCGUUCGGUUGCUGCUGCUGCUUCUCUAAAUGGUAGUGAAUCAUUGAAAAAGCAAACAACUUGUGCAACCGCGGAGGUGGCAGUCUACCUACUCUAGAGGAAUCUGUAAUCUGUGUUGAGGUGCUUCCGGGAUCACACUAGUCGGACAACGGAACCGGGGUGAAUCCCGAGUGCGGGUGCAGUGUUACGAGUGCGUCGGGCUUACGCCACGAGCAAUGACAAUGGGAGAUGAUACUCCAGUGGUCACUUCCUUGGUGCUGCCAAUUUUGAUACGUCCGAUUCUUUCACAGUUGGAGCGGCGCGAUGUAGUCGCUUCGCAGACAUUGAGGGCUGCCUUGACCAAGGCCGAGCAGACCCAUCCGGGUAUGACGUACGAUCUGGUCAUGGGAAUCAUUCGGAAGGGCGACAUCAAUGUCAACAUGAACGAGAGCAUCCUCCGGCUACAGGGAGCAGCGACUGAUACUGAUCUUAUUGAAUACCGACUGAACCGCACCGAGGACGCCUUCCAGGAGCUUAACAAAAAGUCUGCCGCCCUCAAGCGCAUCCUGAGCCGCAUUCCCGACGAAAUCACCGACCGGAAAACGUUUCUGGAAACCAUCAAGGAAAUCGCCAGUGCCAUUAAAAAGUUGCUGGACGCGGUGAACGAGGUGGUCGGUUUCAUUCCAGGCUCGUCCGGCAAACAGGCGGUCGAGCAACGCAAGAAGGAGUUCGUCAAGUAUUCGAAAAAGUUCAGCACCACUCUCAAGGAAUACUUUAAGGAGGGAGAAGCCAACGCCGUUUUCGUGAGUGCUUUGUACCUGAUACAUCAGACGAAUCAAAUUAUGAUCACAGUGAAGAACAAGUGCGAAUAGGCAGGAUGGGGCGUCCACUUCCACGAGGGUUGGCUGGCAAGCGAUUCUAAAUAAGACAGAAAAAUGAUAUACUAAACAAAUUGUUUUACAUUACAUUUCCUUGGGGCUGGCCUUCUUCGGGUGUGAUGUUUCCGGAACUGAACGGGGACGGCCACUCACCUAGACACACAGAUAUAGGUUAUGUAUGCAGAUGAGUUCUUUAUUUAGUGAAACAAGAAAAAGUACUACAAGGGAUAAGGAAGGACUACAUAUUUCAAAUAGAAAGGAGAACAAUAGACACAUUCUACUGGAAAGAAUGAGAGGAACGUAAUUGAUGUCGUAUUAUAUAUUAAACAUAUUAUUACUUUAUUAUUAAUUAUUAUUGAGAUAGAAAGGAAUAAAAUUAAUUUUUAAAACCUGGUAAAUUGA